AUGUAUAUCUUAUAUUAUAAUAUUUAUACAUAUUUAAGAGAAGAAAGUAAAUAAUUAUUAAAAGCAAGAUUAAGAAAGAAUUUUUGUAAAUAAUAUGACUAAACUACUUUAAUUUUUGAAGAAUUUUACAAAACUGAAUAUAUAAUAAGAAUAUUAAAUUUAUAAAUGAUUAAAUUAUUGGAAGAUAAAUUGGUUUUUUAUAAUCAAUUGAUUAAAGAAUUAAUUUCAUAAAAUCAAAUUUUUGAUUGUUGUUUUAAAAUUUCCAUUCAACUUUGUUAAAUUGAGAAAAAUAUUAAUUAAAUAUAUUAAUAAAAUCCAUGUAAUAAAUGAUAAUUUUUAAGUUAGCUAUUAGUAUAUUAAAUUUAAAAGUAUUUUAUCAGGCCGAAAUCCUAAGAAAUUAUGUAUAAGCCAGUAGGGAACAUUCAAUUAUCUAUGAGUUGGAAUCAUAGUAUAAAUAAACUAGCAUUGUGCUAUUAGCAAAAUAAAACAAAGUAGCAUUUUUGAUUACGAAAUUAGGAGAUUGUUCAUAUAAUAUAAAAAUUGAAAGAGCAUCAAGUAAUGCUAAAUCAUUUUUUCAAAAUGAAUUACCUUAAUAUAUUGAGCCCCUAAUUCCUUAAGGCAUUAGAGAUUAUCAUGGGUAGAAUCUACACGAUUUCUUUUAAACUGGUUCAUCCCCUAGAUAUAAACAAAAUGCUCGUUUAUUCCUUCUUUAAAACAAUUACAUUUAAAUAGCUGAAUCAUAUUUAGAUUCUUACAAUAGCUUAUCUGAAUUAAGAUUUAUUAAUAUAAUUCUAGAACUUAAAGAUAUUAAAGGAUAUAUGAUUCUAAAUAAUUAAUUUCAAGUAGUUGGAAUAAAUAAGCAACUUUUAGAUUUAUUAAAUUUUUCAAAAUCAUAAAUUGAUUACUUUUAACCAGAUGAAAUGUUAUAUGGUUUAGAUGUAAGAUUAAUGAUCCCUCAAUUUCUAAUUUUAAUAGAAGAGAAUAGAGCUAUGUCUUUGAUUGAGUUCUAUUUUAUAAAAUAAUGCUAUAUUUUUGAUUUAACAAAGCAUACAAUGAUUGAAAGAUUUACAAAUAUGAAUCUUUUAGAUAGAUUUGAAUCAUAGAUUGAAAUAUAAUCAAAAUAUCAUAAUGAUAAAUUAUCAUAUUUGAUCAUAACCUUUGAUUACUUGAAGAAGCAGAAUAUAACUUCAUUAUUAUCAAAUUUUAUUGAAUGUUCAACAAAAUCUAAUUAAAAGAUUGAUUUAUAACAAAAGCUUUUGGAAGGGAUCAAGAUUGAUUCCCCAUAUGAUUUUGAUGAUUCUAAAAACUUAGAUAUAUAACCAGAAUUUACAUAUUAAUAAUUGAAUUCCCCUUAAGAAAAAUCCUCAACAUACGAAUUAUUAUUUUAAUAGAAAUUUUAUAAUCGAUAUCAUGAUAUUUCUGGAGGAAGUGAUGAUGUUUCAAUAAUUAAGAAGAACUUUUAAAAAUAAGUAAGUAUGCCUUAGUUUUAUUCAGAAAAUAACAAAUAAAAAAUUUCUGUAUAAGAUGUAUGUACUCCAUCAAAGAAAAAAGAAAAAUAUGAUUCAAAUUUUUAAGAUAAAGUGGAAUUUAUAGAUAAAAUGGGAUAGAAAAAGAUUAAAAAUAUAUUUGUUAGAUUAGCAAUCUUCUUUUUAGUUGUUUCUUCAUUAUUAGGAAUAGUAUCCUUAUUACUUUAAACAUUUUUGAUAUAAAAUAAUUUUAAUAAUUACAUCACAGAUGUUGAAUAACUGUCAAUUAAAAAUGAUCUCCUAUAACCUAUGUUAAGUUUCUUUAUAUUAAGAUUUAUCAUAUAUGAUAAAACUAAUCUAUUAAAUUAGAAAUUAAUAACUUAGGAAUAAUAUUUGAAUGAAAUUGAUUUUGCAAAAUAAUAUCUAAAGAAAGAAUUUGAUCAUUUUCAUAAUCAUAUUUAGGAAUUAUUUGAAUCACAACUUUUGUAAGAUUUAUUAUACGAUCAUUAUUACAAUGUAAUUUAUUUAUAAGACGACUUUACUUAUACGUAUGAAAACUUUAGUGCUCGAACCUUCUUUAUAAAAUAUUUUGAUUAUCAAUAAUUUAUUUAUGCAAUAUACUCUAAUAAUGAACUCCCUAAAAUAACUACUCCUGUCACUUUUUAAAUGCUAAAUUAAAAAUUAUUGUUUGAGAUUUGUUCAUAUUUGGGUGAGUAAGUUUAUACUAAUACAAUAACUAGAAAUUCUAAACAAAUCAAUGAUUAAAUUAUAGUUAUUGCAUGCUUUUUAAGUGUUAAUUUUAUUUGUUUAUUAUUCUCUAAUUACUAUUAUAGAAAAUUUGCAAAUUAAAGAUAAAACUUUGGAAGUAUGAUGUUUAAUUUAGAAAAAAGUGCAUUAGAAUCUGAAUUAGAAAAUUUAGAUUUUUUAAUUAAUCAAAUAGAAAAUCAUAACAUAACUUAAUUUUAUACCUUUAAUGAAAAGUAUAAAGAACGUGAAAUCUAAGCAUUAAAUUAGAAAUCAAAAACUCAUUAUUAAAAUUAGCAUAAAUAAAUUCACAAAAAGGCUAAAAUCGACACUACUAAAUUCUUGAUUUUCAUUUAUACUAUGUUUAUAGGUUUCUUGACUGUAAAUUUAACAAAUACUCUUAUUCUAUCUGAAUUUAUUUAAAAAUAUAAACCCACAGCUACUAUGCAUAAAAAUACUUCAGAAUUGUGUUUAAAUAUAGCAUUAAUUUAUAGUUAAAAGGAAUAACUGAACAAUUAAGUUUUCUUUACAUAUUUAAGAGACUCAGAUUUUUAGAAUAUGGUUUAACAGCUGAAUUAAUCUUCUAUAUAAAUCAAAUAAUAUUAAUAAGAAUUAUUGAAUGUUAAUCUAAAUAAUUUACUAUUUAAUGCUGACUUUGUAUCUUACUUUCUAGAAUAAGAAACUUAGGAUUUAUGUCCACUCAUCAAUACAGUAUAAAAUUAUACUAUCAUAGAAUAACAAUUAAUAAAUCCUAACAAUUUGUAUGAAUUCAUUUGAAGGAUCUUUUCUCUUAGGGAUUUAAGCUGUCUUGAACCAUGUAUCUAAAAUAGUUACAUAAGAAUUGAUGACUUAAGAAUUUACUCAAAGAGAACCAAUAAAUACAUUAGAAGUCGAAGGAGCUUAUUUGUUUGUUGAAUACUUAUAAAAAGCAUCUGAUGUGGCAAUGCAAGACUUUUCUGAAUAAGUUUUGCAUUAUAAAUCUAUUUUAGAAGUAUAAUAUUAUUUAUAAUAGACAAUUCUUAUUUCAUCCAUCUCUUUUACGUUAAUUUUAGUAGCAACUAUAUUGAGUGCUUUAGAAAUCAAUUUAAAAUUAAAACUAAAGUAUGCUGUUAAAUUUAUACAUCUAAUACCAAGAGAAGUUUUGUUCUUGGACAAUGCUUUUGAAAGGAAAGUUAGAAUGGCUAUUCUGAAGGAUCCAAAUUUAUGA